AUGGCAGCUCUGGCUCAACCUCCAGCCCAAGUUCUUACCGGGAAUGACAUCCCGACAUAUUACCAGGUCCCCGAGACGACUUAUGAUUUGGAUUGGGCGGACCUCGCAACAUUGGAUCUAUCUCAAUUUGAUCAGCCUGGCGGCAAGGAAAAGCUAGCCAAGCAACUUUUCCAAGCCAUCCAAGAUAUCGGUUUCUUCUACAUCAUCAAUUUUGGCCUCUCACAGGAAGAUGUUGAUCGCCAAUUCUCGAUUGGAAAGGAAAUCUUCAAACUGCCACUAGAGGAGAAACUCAAGUAUCGUGCCGAGUUAGAAAAGGGUGGCUACAAUGGCUACAAGCCCAUGGGUCUACGAGAAAUCGGUCCAGGUGUUUUUGACAAGACCGAAAUCUACAACAUUCCAAAAUUUAUCCCUGCCUUUGAGCAGACCCAGCCCGAUAUUGUGAAUCACAACCGCCCGAUUAUUGAAGGAUUUGCGCGCCACAUUCAUGAAGAGAUUGUGCGCAAGCUCCUGAUACUCUUCGCCAUUAUCCUCGAACUACCUGAGGAUUAUUUCCUGAAAGUGCACCGUUACGAUAAGAAAAGCGACUGCCACCUGCGGUACAUGAAGUACCACCGUCGCACCGAUGAGGAGAAUGAGAAAGCUGCCGGCGUUUGGUCGAAGGGACACACCGACUUUGGUAGCUUGACCCUACUAUUCCGUCAACCAGUCGCCGCGCUUCAGGUCCGUACUCCAGAGGGCGAGUGGAAGUGGGUGAAGCCAUACCCGGGAAGUAUUACGGUCAACCUCGCAGACUCGCUUCAAUUCCUCACCAACGGCUUCCUCAAGAGCAGCAUACACCGCGUCGUCGCACCACCUCCUGAUCAGAGGAAUGUAGACCGUCUUGGUGUUUUGUAUUUUGUCCGGCCCGAGGAUGACCUUGAGCUGCGACCCAUUGUUAGCGAAGUCCUCCAUCGCUUGGGAUAUGAUCAAACAACUGAUAACAGUGCGGUUGGUAUCACUGCUGGCGAGUGGGUUAAGGCCAGAGUAGCCAAGGGUGUUGACAAGGGUGUUGCACGAAGUGAAGUUGGGGAUCAGCCUAUUAUUGGUGGUGUGGUCGCUAAAUAUUAUGAUUGA